ACCAGCCGGGAAGGAAAUAUGGCUAACCUUCGAGAUAUAUCCGUUUCAGCUGCAUUGAAUCUUCUUUCUGCAUUUGCAUUCUUAGUGGCUUUUGCAAUAUUGAGGCUUCAACCAAUUAACGACCGGGUUUACUUUCCGAAAUGGUAUCGGAAGGGGGCAAGGAGCAGCCCUAGUCGAUCUGGACCAACUGUCAACCAAUUUGUCAACUUAGAUUGGAAGACAUAUAUUAGAUUCUUGAAUUGGAUGCCUGCAGCUUUGGGAAUGCCUGAACCCGAGCUAAUUGAUCAUGCCGGGCUCGAUUCUGUUGUAUAUAUUCGAAUUUACCUUCUUGGCUUGAAAAUAAUUGUCCCCUUGGCUGUUCUUGCUUUCUUAGUUUUGGUCCCUGUCAAUUGGACGGGGGAAACAUUAGAGAGUAUCAAGAAUCUGACAUUCAGCGACAUUGACAAGCUGUCAAUAUCAAAUGUUCCAGAUGGGUCAAAAAGGUUCUGGGCUCAUAUUGUUAUGUCAUAUGUAUUUGCUCUUUGGACCUUUUAUGUGCUAUAUGUUGAAUACAAAAUAGUAGCUUCUAUGAGGUUAAAAUAUCUGGCAUCAGAAAUACGUCGUCCUGAUCAAUUCACAGUUCUAGUGAGAAAUAUUCCGCCUGAUCCUGAUGAAUCAGUUAGUGAGCACGUUGAACAUUUUUUUCGUGUAAAUCACCCUGAUUUUUAUCUUACUCAUCAGGUUGUAUAUAACGCAAAUAAGCUUGCAGAGUUGGUUGAAAAGAAGAAGAGUUUACAAAAUUGGUAUACUUACUACCUUAAUAAGUAUGAGAGGACUUCAAAGAGCUCGACCACUAGGACAGGUUUCUGUGGUCUAUUUGGCGAUAAAGUUGAUGCAAUCGAUUAUUACUCCUCGGAGAUUCAGAAGCUGAGCGAAGCAGAAGCUUCAGAAAGAGAAAAAGUCCUGAGUGAUCCAAAUGCUAUAGUUCCAGCAGCUUUUGUUUCAUUCAAAUCCCGAUGGUCAGCAGCUAUAUGUGCUCAAACUCAGCAAUCGCAUGACCCAACAAUUUGGUUGACAGAAUGGGCUCCUGAGCCACGUGAUGUUUAUUGGAGUAAUCUUGCUAUACCAUAUUUUGAUCUUACUAUUCGGAGGUUGCUCAUGGCCGUUGCACUAUUUUUUCUUAUUUUCUUCUUCAUGGUCCCUAUAGCUUUUGUUCAAUCUCUAGCCAAUAUUGAUGGGAUUGAGAAGGUUUUUCCUUUCUUGAGGCGAUUAAUAGAAAAGGAGUCUGUCAAGUCCUUCAUCCAAGGGUUUCUUCCUGGGAUUGUACUGAAGAUAUUUCUUAUUCUACUUCCAACAAUUCUUAUGACAAUGUCCAAGAUAGAAGGAUUUCCAUCACGCUCAUCUUUGGAUAGACGAUCAGCUGGGAAAUAUCACCUAUUCCUUCUCGUCAAUGUAUUUCUUGGGAGUAUUAUCACUGGUGCCGCAUUUGAGCACCUUAAAAUUUUCCUUCACCAGCCUCCAACAGAGAUUCCGAAAACCGUUGGUGAAUCUAUCCCGAUGAAAGCCACUUUUUUCAUUACUUAUAUAAUGGUUGAUGGAUGGGCGGGGGUUGCUGCAGAAAUCCUCAGAUUAGUACCUUUAAUAAUUUUCCACCUGAAAAAUAUGUUUUUAGAAACAGAACAAGAUAGGGAGGAAGCAAUGGAUCCUGGUUGUCUAAACUUUGCAACAUAUGAACCAAGGAUACAACUGUAUUUCUUGCUCGGACUUGUUUACUCUGCUGUCACACCUGUACUUCUUCCUUUCAUCAUCAUCUUCUUUGCUUUUGCCUAUGUGGUAUUUCGUCACCAGGUUAUCAACGUGUAUGAUCAAAAAUAUGAGAGUGGAGGGUCAUUCUGGCCAGAUGUGCAUCGACGUCUGAUCAUUGGUUUAUUAAUAUCUCAACUUCUUCUAAUGGGGUUGUUGAGCACAAAGAACAUCGAGAAAUCAACAAUUGCACUCAUUCCUCUUCCUAUUAUGACCAUCUGGUUUCACGUAUACUGCAAGGGCCGUUUCGAAUCUGCAUUUGUAAGGUUCCCGUUGCAGGAUGCAAUGAUCAAAGAUACACUCGAACGGGCAACGGAGCCGACCUUAAACUUGAAAGACUACCUUAAGGAUGCUUACAUACAUCCAGUUUUCAAGGGCAGAGACUACUUCGAGAGCCCACAAUUGGUUUCGGAUGAAGAGAGCAACACGCUUGUGAUGACAACAAGGAUGGGUAAACAUUAUGCAGAAUCCAUUUUUACAAACAGUAGUUAGAGAUAGAAGAAACCAGCCUCAUUGUUCAGUAUUAGCAUUUGGUCAUCAUGUUGUUCUUGUAGAUAUACGAGAUUUUUGUAUUGAGUUGUUGAAAUGUAGUCCCAAAGAUGAUUGAAACAAAUUGCUUA